UCCAGGCGCGCGUCAAAUCAAUCUCCGUAUACCUAACCACGUAAAAUGCGAAAGCGAAACCAUAAACAUUUGUUCGAUUCUUAUUAUAAUCGUAUUAAUAUGAAAGAUCAAUCGUGAAAUAAUGAAAUACGGAGCAAACGUUGAAUACAUAAAUCUUUUUGCUUCUCUUUGUACAGUUUUAUUGUUUUAGAGAGGUUGGGAAUGUCUCAAGACAAAAUAGAGGGAAGCGAUAUCCUCAUAGAGUUUUUGGAAGUAGCAUUCAAUCAUGUUCUAUUCUUCAGGAAUUUGUAUCCCAAGGAAAUAUUUAGACAGAAGAAAAUCUACAGCACGACUGUGUUCAUUUCUGAACAUCCAGAGCUCAAUGAGUAUAUAAAAAAUGUUCUGUGCACAAUUAGAGAGCUGGUGAAGGAAGACAAGAACAGUGUCAGGUCUAUCAAUCUUGUUUUUUACAAUAAGAGGAAACAGCCAGUUGAGAAAUUUGUAUUUGAUCUUGCUAAACUACAAAACAGUGCAGAAAAGGAUCCUUACUACUUAAGAACAGAAGAGGCAUUGAGAACAGUUUGUUUAAAGUUAUCAAUGUGUGAAGCUUAUCUGAAACCCUUGCCAGAAGAUUCGUCGUUCUCUAUAGAAAUUCAAACAUAUGAAACUGCGCACAUUGCUUUGAAUGAAAAUCCCUGCUGUGAACAUUUCCCAUGGAUUAUUGAUGAAGAUGCUCUUGAAAUGACACAGAAGAACUUGCUCCCAUUGAAAACUGUAACAACAGAUUGCCUUAAUUUACAAAUGUACGUCAUUGAAGAUGAAAGUAGUAAAGAAAUUGAUUGAUUGAGACAAUUGAUCAAGAGAAUGAA